CGAAAAGAAGGAUGUCGACUGAAACUGCUGCCAGUGCUGCUGAAAAAAUAACCGGAGCCAAUGCUCUUGCUGCUGCCAAACCAACCAACCAGAAGUCUUCGAAGAAGUCCAAGAAGCAAGAUGCUCAGCAAUUUCUCUUGAAAACACCCAAAGGUACCAAGGACUGGUUUGACAAAGAUAUGGUUAUCAGAGAUGCCAUAUUUGGUUCGCUCACUUCGUUGUUCAAGAGACACGGUGGUGUAACUAUUGAUACUCCAGUAUUUGAACUUAGAGAAAUCUUGACGGGAAAAUAUGGUGAAGACUCCAAAUUGAUCUACAACUUGGAAGACCAAGGUGGUGAAUUGACAUCAUUGAGAUAUGACUUAACUGUUCCAUUUGCCAGAUUUGUAGCCAUGAACUCUAUCAGCUCUAUUAAGAGAUACCAUAUUGCUAAAGUGUACAGAAGAGACCAGCCAGCUAUGACCAAAGGUAGAAUGAGAGAAUUCUACCAAUGUGACAUUGACAUUGCAGGUAACUACGAUUCUAUGGUUCCCGACUCCGAGAUCUUGAGCAUCGUUUGUGAAGGUUUGACCAACUUGGGCAUCAACGAGUUCAAAGUUAAGUUGAACCACAGAAAGAUCUUAGACGGGAUCUUUGAAGCCUGUGGAGUCAAAGAAGAAUACGUGAGAAAGGUCUCGUCUGCUGUCGACAAGUUGGACAAAUUGCCCUGGGAAGCUGUCAAAAAAGAGAUGGUUCAAGAAAAGGACCAGCCUGAAGAAGUUGCCGACAAGAUCGGAGAGUUUGUCAAGGUCAAGGGUUCUAUUCGUGAAACCUUGUCUUUUUUGAAGUCCAGCGAAUUGUUAGCUAAUAACGCUUCUGCUCAGAAGGGUAUUGAAGAAAUGACUACCUUGGCUGACUAUGUCGACGCCUUUGGCAUUGGUGAGAAGAUCAGCUUUGACUUGUCGUUGGCUAGAGGGUUGGACUACUACACUGGUUUGAUCUAUGAAGCUGUGACUGAAGGCUCUGCUCCUCCAGAAAAUGCUGAUGAGUUGAAGUCCAAAGCCCAGAAGAAUUCCAAGGAUAAGGAAGUCGAUGAUGCUUCUGAAUACGUUGGUAUCGGUUCCAUUGCCGCUGGUGGUCGUUACGAUAACUUGGUAGGAAUGUUCUCCAACGGUAAAUCCAUUCCUUGUGUAGGUAUCUCUUUUGGUGUGGAAAGAAUCUUUUCAAUCAUCAAGGCAAGAGCUGCUAAACAGCUCGACAAGAUCGGCUCGGCGCACACCCAGGUGUACGUGAUGGCUUUUGGGGGUGGAGAAGGUUGGAACGGAUUCUUGAAGGAAAGAAUGGCUGUCACCAACCAAUUGUGGCAGGAAGGAGUAAAUGCCGAAUACUUAUACAAGGGCAAGGCCAACAUCCGUAAGCAAUUCGAUGCUGCUGAAAAGACUGGCGCUAAGGUUGCUGUCAUUCUUGGUAAAGAAGAGUAUCCAGCUGGCCAGAUAAGACUCAAGGUUUUGGGACAAGGCGCCGAAAGUGACGAAGGGGAAUUGAUCAAGGCUGAAAAUCUUGUUGAAGCCGUGAAGGCCAAGUUGGAUUCGUUGAAUCAAGACGGUUUGGACGACAUCACACGUUUGAUUAGAGCCAUUUAGAUGUACAUAGUCUCUUCUUAUCAUGUUUAUGAAACAACAAAUAAAGCAAUAUAAACUUCUUUCUGGUU